AUGGCUGACCUCUCGCUUGGUCCGCUGCGGAUCGCGAAUCCCGAUGAUGCAUCGCCCGACACGCCCAUGCAGAGUCAUCCGCCUGAACCUCAAUUCCCACGAGUAUCUCCGCUGAUCGACCCAGAUGGGAGGACAGACUAUCUUUCCGCGACGUCUCAACGUUCUCACAGCCCUGUGUCCCCGAUGGACUCCGGCGCCGUGGCCACGCCCGCCGCCGAAGAUCUUCCUUCGCUCGCCAUAGCUUCAUCUUCCGAGUCCGCGUCCACACCUUCACAGCCUACCUAUUCACAAAGGAAUGUGUCGUCUGACCGAAUCUCCCAACGGCAGAAUAUCCCCUAUUCAUAUCAAGACCAGCAACAAGCGCAGUUUCCUCAGUACCCUACCAUGAUGCCCCAGAACCUACACGACCCUCGGUCGAACGCUUCACGUCCUGGUUCAGCCUACUACACCCAGGUGCCGGUCAACGGCUCCGCUACAAAUGGAGUCUCUCGUCAAGGUUCAUAUAGAGUUCGGAGUGAUGGUUCCGCCUCAUCGGGCUUUCCUCAACGGACAUCCUCCAAGCGGGCGGGGCUUGGUGAUGUGGCUGGGGUGCCUUCGGGAGACGCCAACCACACAGAAAGAUCCUACGGGCAAGGUCAAUACACUCCAGGCAAUGGACCUUUACCUCCGCGAAGAACCUCUCGGGGUGUGCCACCAACGCUUGCAGGCAGCACUACAACCGGCAACACCCCUCUUUCUACCACGCCCAGGUCCGUACAGACACCCUUGUCGAGCUCGCCGUACAACCUCGAAGAGCGGCCGCUUACCAGUGCGGAGGACUGGCAGGAUCGUGGAGCUGCCGUCGGCGUGAGAAGAGAAGUUGCGCCAGAUGGCACAGUUACCACUAGGCCCGUCAAAAAGGGUGUUAAGGACUUCAACUUUGGCCAGACUCUCGGUGAAGGCUCCUACAGUACAGUCCUCGCCGCGACCGAUCGGAGCAACGGAAGGGAGUACGCCAUCAAGGUGUUGGAUAAGAGACAUAUCAUCAAAGAGAAGAAGGUGAAAUACGUAAACAUUGAGAAAGACACUCUAAAUCGGUUGACGGACCACCCUGGCGUGGUGAGACUUUAUUACACCUUCCAAGAUGAGCGGUCGCUAUACUUUGUGCUGGACCUAUGUCAGGGCGGCGAGUUGCUUGGUGUCCUGAAGCGCAUGUCCACCUUUGACGAGGAAUGCACGCGAUUCUAUGGGGCGCAGAUACUCGAUACAAUCGAGUACAUGCACAGCCGGGGAGUCAUUCAUCGCGACCUGAAGCCGGAGAACCUCCUGCUGGACGGGAACAGGCACAUUAAGGUCACGGACUUUGGAACAGCUAAACUCCUUCCCGAAAGGCGGAACAGUGAGGGCCGCGCCGAUUUCGAACCCGAUUCCACCUCAACCGAGAACCGCGCAAGUUCAUUUGUGGGCACCGCCGAGUACGUGAGCCCGGAACUGCUGACCGACAAGAACGCAUGCAAAGCAAGUGACAUGUGGGCAUUUGGCUGCAUCGUAUACCAGCUUCUGGCAGGUCGGCCACCUUUCAAAGCAGUCAACGACUAUCAGACAUUCCAAAAGAUUGUGGGUCUCGACUAUGAGUUUCCCCGAGGGUUCCCAGAAGUCGCCCGAGAUCUGGUCGAGCGGUUAUUAGUCCUCGACCCGCAAAGGCGACUAUCUCUGGAACAUGCCAAAAAUCACCCCUUCUUCACCGGCAUCCAGUGGGGUCGGGGGCUCUGGGAGCAGAAGGCACCACGAUUAAAAUCGUUUAUGCCCCCCACACAGCCACCGAUCAAGCUUAACGGAAGCAGUGCCCAAGACAGCUUUCCACCUGACAUUGGUCCUGGUCACAGCACUCAUUCAACCAUGCUCCCUCCCAGCAAUCAGCGGCCGCAACCAAGGGUGAUCACAGAACUCCCGCCACCCAGUCAACUAGACAUCGAAUGGUCUCCCGUUCUUACCCGCAACAAUGAGAGAAUCCUCAAACUAGGCAAUCUCUGCGUAAUCUCUUCUCCAAAUCCCCACAGUCCUCACAACCAUGAGGGUGGCGGCAAGUUGUCGAAGUGGUUUGGAGGCAGUAAUACCAAGAAACGGCAGAGGCUGGUGAUGGUGACCUCGAGUGCGAGAAUCAUAAUUGCUGCUGCGGGUGGAGAGGAAAAGAAGUCCAAAUCGGAAAUUUCUUUGCUCUCGCCUGGGACCGAGUAUUCAAGCGCGACCGAUGCGACGGGAGUGACUCAGUGGAUAGUUGACACUAAGGACCGCCACUAUGUCUUCGAGGACGUGAAGCCUCCGUCAAACGACCCGAUGGCGACAGCCAAAGCAGCACACGAGUGGCUUGACGUGUUGGGACGAGCCAAAGAGUACGCGAUGCAGCAGAACAACAACUACUCUAUUAACGACUCACUGAAUAUCUCGUCUUCAGCACUGUCGAGUCAUGCCAGCACCAUCGAUCAGCCCAUCGACUUGAGUCCCCAUUCAGCGAAUCAGUCACAUUCGGGACGUGGAAUACUGCACAAGCAGCACUCGGCCGACGCGGAGUCUCUUAAAGGGAGGAAACGCUUCAGCAAGCGGCAGUCGAAGAGUGGACUGACCGCAGUCUUCUAG